AUGGAUGGCACUGGAAUCUACAAUUUAAGACAGACCCUGGCGCCGCUCAGUCCGGCCAUUCACCUUCCGCGUCUCUCUGCGGUCUGGUCGGGAGAAAGGAAGGGAACGGUAGUGUUUGAGGACUCAAGGCCAAAAUAUUUCCACCCACCUCCAGGCUCACCUGGAGCGUCUCUCACGGAUUCGGGCUCGCGCCGGCGCUUUCAAAUUUCCCGAAGUACUGCGAGAUCCGAAAACACAGCCGCCGGAAGCGGAAGUGGUGGCUUUUCUGCGGCCGGCGGUGGCGAGAAUAGGGCAGCCAUGGCGGCAUCGGCGUUGCUGACCUUGCUGGCGCGGAAAAUGGGCCCCGUCGCGAUGGGGGUGACGGCGCGGGGAGCGGUUAUUCCAGGGCUGUCUCCCCCUCAGGUCAUGGCUGCCACCGUUAGAUAUGCAUCCAAGAAGACUGGAGGUAGUUCAAAAAAUCUUGGUGGGAAGUCACCAGGCAAACAUUAUGGCAUCAAGAAAUUGGAGGGUCAGUAUGUUCAUGCUGGGAACAUCAUUGGGACUCAGCGCCAGUACCGCUGGCAUCCAGGAGCUCAUGUAGGAUUGGGUAAGAACAAGUGUCUCUAUGCCCUGGAAGAGGGCAUUGUCCGCUACACGAAAGAUGUAUAUGUGCCUAAUCCCAGUAGUCCUGAAGGUGUAGACUUGGUCACCCAGCUACCCAAGGGUGCUGUGCUCUACAAGACUUUUGUCCAUGUUGUCCCUGCCAAGCCUGUGGGCACCUUCAAAUUGGUAGCCAUGCUCUGAGCCUACAUGUCAUUGGUUAGAAACUAGAGCCAGAGUACCAGAAGAAAAUGGAGCCAGAUGCCAAGGAAUCUGGGUGGAAGCAAGUCUCCCUGAGAGUGUGGGUUUGGUUGACUAUAAACAUGGAAGAAACUGAAGUGGCCACUCGAGGAGUAAUGAAGGUGGAUGUACCUGAGGUCCAAAAUAAAAUCAGUUCAAACUGUGA